AUGACGAACGACAACGAAGAGCUGUGCAAGAUCAUCGCCGUCGGCAAGAUCAUGGCCGAGAAACUGAGUCCGUCGGAGAUGGGAAAGUUGAUUUCCUUGAUUCAAGACUUCGACAAGCACCGAAUCAGUCACGGCGAUUUCGGCAAAUCUAUUCAACUUCUGUUCGCGCAAAAACACCAAGAAGAUGGAAAGACCCAACAAGAAGUUGAAAUCCGACAAAACCAUCCUCGUAAGAUUUACGAUCCUCAACCCGAGCCGAAUAGUCUUCCGAUUAGGGUUAGAGUAGUCUCGAAAAAGUAUGGUCACCCGAAAAUCGGAGCCGAUCUUCAGGUUAGGGUUAAAGAAGGCGUUACCAAAGUGUUCAGUUUAAACGGAAAGAAGAGAAGGAUCUUGGAACCGGACACAAGUGAUGAGAGGUCUGUGAAGAAAACGAGAACGUCUAAGAGGAUGGAACAAGAUGUGUCACCAAGCUAUGUGCUUAUACCCGAGGAAGCACGGUCUCCGGUCAAAGACACGGUGCUGAACAACACGUGCCGCCUCAAGAGGUUUGAUAAUGCUUCGGGGUAUCAUAGACUAUCCAAAUACCAAGUAGCAAUGGCGACUUGCGAGGAUGAGAUGUUCGAGACAGAUAUGCUGAUGGGUGCUCUGAGGAGUGCCAUUGAUACUGCAGAGAGAGUCAUGAGGGAAGAGAUGAGACUGGAAGAUGUUGGAGUAAAGUUCUACAGAUGCAUCGACCAGUUAUAUGGUGGCAGAGACAUGUCUGACAUUGUGAGAGAAGACCACAAGAAGGCUUUACCUUUGAUCUCCGGUCGGUUGAAGCAGAAACUGGAUGAGCUCACAUCUGCCAAGGAAAAGAGGAAAUAUGGCUGGCAGAAGAUCUUUCAAGACAACACUGCAAGACAAAUGAAGUUAGACAGCAAAAGGCCAAAAGCCAAAUGA